GCCGUGAGAGCUGUGUGUCCUCAUCUUGCCUUCCCCCCGCCCCCUGGUGGCUGUGUGUGUGAGCUGCACGCCGGAGAGAGCGGCCCUCCCCGUGUAACAUGACAUCCCCAAUGCAAAGAAGGCGAGCUUGUUAUUACUGCUGAGCAGCCCAGGCUCAGGCAGGCGGCACCACGACCCGCUGCUGCUGCUCACAGCACCUCUCCAUCCUUUGUUACAUUGUAUCAGCCAACAUGCUGACUGUGAACCCGGGAGACAAGCAACAGCAACCUACAGCUGUUGACUUCAUGGACAUCUGUGAGUCCAUACUGGAAAGGAAGAGACAUGACAGUGAAAGGUCCUCGUGUAGCACUUUGGAGCAGAAUGACUUUGAAGCUGUUGAGGCUUUGGUCUGUAUGAGCUCAUGGGGCCAACGAAGCCAGAAGGGCGACACGCUGAAGAUGCGGCCAUUGACUCCUGCCUCCGACUCUUCCGAUUUCAUCAUGCAGUGUGAAUCGUCCCCAUCCAUGACCAAGGAUUUCCACUCUUUAUCCACACUGUGCAUGACUCCUCCACACAGUCCAGAAUUUGCUGAACCUUGCACCACACUCCCUCCUGUCUCCCAAGUGACCUAUUCCAAACCGGUGACGGUAACCUCAAGCAGUUCCCCUUGUUUGGUGUCAUCUUCAACUGUGUCAAAGCCGUUUGCUUCAGGGAUCCACAGCCUGCGGUCUUCUCAAGAGUUGGGGACUUCUUUCAAGCUUCAGGCAUGCAGGGCGAUGGCCACAAGCGUCAUACGUCACACAGCGGACACCUCCCCCUUUCAUCACGUUCCCCAACCUCUUGUGAGAGUAAAUGCCCCAGCUCUUGAUGGCUUGUCCCAUAAGAGGUGUAAAGCCAAACAUUCCAAGCUCACCAAAGAGACAGACGCCCAUGAAGAUGGGUCACAAAGUUCCUCACCAUGGCACCUUCCUCCUCAGACUGAUAAGCUUUGUCCAAACACAGAAAUUGGUAGCCAGCGAGUAGCUCAGACAGACAAGCCAGUGAAAUGUGAAAACGAACACUUUAUAGAGACCAACCCCUUAGCUUCUGUUCCCGGUUCGAACCCACCCGUCCUUUGCCAGAUGAUUCCAGUCAAUGCUCAAACCAGUGUUCUCUCCGCUUUCCUCAAGCCUUCUCCACAACCAGUGUGCAAUACCGUCAAACCAAUCCUACCCCAGACCACACCGCUCUCGCAACCAGUCCUGAUGGGCGCAUCCAUGUCUCAGGGGACCGUUAUGUUCGUCCUUCCUCAAGCACCAGUUUCGCAGCCAUCUGCACAAUGUCCGCAGACUCUGACAGUCGGGAGCACAAAGUUACUUCCUCUCGCCCCGGCCCCUGUGUUUAUAACUUCAGGCCAAUGCAGCCCCCCACAAGUGGACUUCUCUCGAAGACGCAACUAUGUGUGCAGUUUCACCGGCUGUAAAAAGACUUACUUUAAAAGUUCCCAUCUCAAAGCACACCUCCGAACCCACACAGGUGAAAAACCUUUCAGCUGUAACUGGGAAGGAUGCGAUAAAAAAUUUGCCAGAUCAGAUGAACUUUCCCGACACCGUCGAACGCACACGGGGGAGAAGAAGUUUGCCUGCACCGUGUGUGAUCGCCGGUUCAUGCGCAGCGAUCACCUGACCAAGCACGCCCGGCGGCACAUGACCACCAGGAAGAUGCCCGCUUGGCAGGCAGAGGUUGGAAUAUUAAACAGACUAACCAUGUCAGAUCAGUCGAGAAGCACUGUGCCCCCGCUUGGCAUGCUGGUCUCAAUGUCUUCGCCAGUGUAAGAAGGGACUGAACAAAUUUCCACCUGUUUUACCUUCAGGCACCAGAGACUCGACACACAAGACACUCCCUUCUUUAUGGUUGAUUUUUAUCCAAUCCUCCUUUUGCAGUUUUCCAGUUUAUUCACUUUGAUGCAAGUUUCUAUGAAUCUUCCUUACCAGCCUUUUACAUAGGAAAAUAAAUCCUAUUAUUGUGGCAAUAAGCAUGAAAGGCACAUGUGUAUGAUUCUGAGCAGACCAAUCUUUUUCACAUUUAUUUCAAACAAAAAAAAAAAAUUAGUCGAGUUUUUGACAUUUUUUUUUUCCUGCCUUUGGUUUGCCAUAUAGGAUGUACACAUUUGCGGUGAGCGUUGUCGGCUCGUACAGGUAUAAGGCACUUUUGAUAUGACGGAGCAUUGGAUACCAACAUGGCGUUCUCUGCUUGGCAUAUCAGAAUGUGUGAAUUUUUCUAUGUAACAUCUGGACAAUCUUAAAAAAAAAAAAAAAAUUCCUUUUCGAACAGUCUGUUGUUUACAGUUUGCACUGUAGUUGGCAUUGUCCACUUCCAUUGAGAUAGGCUUAAAUUGCAUCUAUUGGAUUGAGUCGUUUGUAGGAUAAACCAAUGUGCUUAAAGGGGUAUUCCAGGAAAAAACUUUUUUUUAAUAUAUAUAUAUCAACUGGCUCCAG